CUGCUGAUUUCCCUGAAGCAGAAGAACUCCAAGAAAAGCCGUGGCCUUCGAAAGUGGAUGACGUUUAAAGAGAUGUGCGAGCGCUUUGGGGAAAGUGUCGCGACAGACAUCCGGGAUGCAAAGCUGGAGGAUGCAGAGCUUCGCCAGAAGGAAGUUCGUGACCACCCGGAGUGCAAGCACCGGAAGGACAUGCAGCAGUUUCUCUGCCUGGCUGAAGAUGUGGAGGAAAACGAAGAUCUCGAAGAAGUGGAAAAGCUGUUCCAGGCCGAAGAGGGAAGCAGCGACUCGUCGGAUGAUUCGACGGAGGAUGAUGAGGCGGAGACUUCGUCUUCGAAGAAGGCGAAGACAAACAAGAAGAAGAAAAAGAAAGCAAAGAAGGCCAAGACCAAAAAAGCCAGUGUCAAAGCUAAGCCGAAAAAGAAAGCUGUGCCUAAAGGGCAGACCGCCGGCAAGGACAGCAUGACAUCUAAACCCUUAACCCUAAACCCUAAACCCUGGUAUAUAAUAAUAUACAUACUCUACACACCACCCCUCCAGGAUGCCUCCGCAGACGCCGAAGCGAUCAUGAAGGAUGCAAAGAAGGCAAGAGCCUGGGUUUGA